AUGUCCAGGGUGCCCUACGCAGCCUCGAAAUCCAUUGCAAAAUCAGGAAAGCAGAUUCGCACUCUGUUCUCUCUUCCACCUUCGUUGAAGCUCGCUGAGCCGCCCGUCGUCGCUCGUCCGGCAAGUCCAACGGCCCCAUCCCGCGCUGUACCCCAUCAAAACAACCAUUCGGGCCAAAAUCCCCCUCCUUCGUCGUCUUCUCUCCAUGCAUCUCAAAAUACAAGUCCGGCGAUGCUCUUCGCGCCGCUGCCCGUACCAGGGAGCUCGAUGCAUAUUUCACCCUUGUGGAUGUUCGCCAGUCCCUCGCAUCAGCAGACACCUUCAAACUAUCGUUUAAGCUCUGCUGGUCAUGGGAUUCCCAAACCACGGCAUGCGGCCUUGCCAGAGGAGGACAAGGCGCUCACGUUAGCCGUGCAAGUCGGCGAGGAUGCUUAUUUUGUGACUCAGAAUGGCCUCGGCGUUGCCGACGGUGUAGGAGGAUGGUCCUCUUCAAAACAUGCCCAUAAUAUCCCCGGUCAACGGUCCAAUUCGUCCCUUUUCUCGAGACGGCUUAUGCAUUUCUGCUCACAAGAGCUCCAGAGAUGUACAGGAGAACCAGAUCCCGUCCAAAUCUUGCAAAGUGCAUACAACAUCACCGUCGGACUGUCCAUGGCAGAGGGAAUCAUGGGUUCAUCAACCGCUCUCCUCGCGGUGCUUUCCAGAGACGGCCACGAACUCAGGGUGGCGCAUGUCGGAGACUGUUGCCUAUUCCUGAUCCGGAAUAGGGAAAUAAUUUAUCGCUCAGAGGAGAUGCAGCAUAGGUUUAACUACCCUCUCCAACUGGGUCCUCUUUCACCAACCACACCUCAACAGCAUGCUCAAGCAAUCACGCUUCCUGUGCAAGAGCAGGACGUAAUCAUCCUGUCCACUGACGGCAUGUCUGACAACCUGUGGGACGAAGAUGUCAUUGAUCAGCUUUCGAAACUUGCGGGACCAAGUCUCGAAUCCAAUUAUCAAGUCCCUCCUGAUGCUGAAUCUGCCGGCGGCAGCCCCUCAAUUUCCGCCACACUCCGCACGGCCCUGUUACCGACAACGCUAUCGCAUUCGUUAUGUACACGGGCACGCACCGUGUCCGAAAGCGGACCUUGCUCGUGGCCGCCAAACGCCUUGUCAGCUGACACGCCGUUCAGUCGACGGGCGAAACAAGAGGGAUUAGAAUAUGAAGGUGGCAAACCAGAUGGGGUCGCGACCUUGCGUGGCGGGUUCGCCUAUGCUUGA